AAGCGCGCAUCGCGGUAUGGCUCAAGCUUGAGUUCAUGCUUGCACCCGAUCUGGGGAGGCAUGGCCGAGACCAUUGCCUUUCUGGGCGUGGCGCGAAUACAAGACCAGGCAAUCCUGGCAACUUGCUAUGAGAAGAGUGUCUUGAAUGAGGAGAAGAAAAACUACGAGGGGGCGCUGGCCUCAGCGCUGGAGCGCGCGAAGUCCGCGUACCCGGGAUGGAGGGAUCGUGCGAGCUGCGAUGAGGGCGUCCUCUAUACUUUUGCUGAUCCCCAGGCUUUGUGCCUCCUUGCAGUUGGCAUUCGAGAUGCCCAGUACCCCGAACGAGUGGCUGUUCAGCUACUGCGAGAGAUGGCGGACAAGGUGCGAAACUCUCAGGGUGAUGAACUCCUCCUGGAAGCCAAAUCCGGCUCCUUGUCCAAGCCCUUGCGGAAGCUGAUGAUGGACACCAUGAGGACCUACAAUGAUGCAGGCGCCCAGGACAAAACUACAGAGGUCCGUGAAAAGGUGGACCAGUUGAAGGGCAUCAUGCAGGACAACGUGAAAAAGAUCCUCGAGACGCACGUGACUUUAGAGUCUUUGGAGAACUCCAGUUCUUCAAUGAGCUCUCAGGCCAACAAGUUCCUGAAGCAAAGUGUGGACCUACGACGACAGGUGCCGAAGCAUCAACUACAUGACUGUGGAUUCUGACGUUUAUCAUGCGGCUUUCGGUGACUCAGCUGCUCAUGCUCAGAUCCAGUUCCGCAAUCUGAAGAUCAAAGCGCUCUGCGGCACAUGUGCUGUGGCGUUGGUGUUGUACAUUAUUGUGCCCUUCAUCAGCUGAGCACCCGCCCAACCACCCAAAACUGCAGUUUCAGUGCUAUGUCCAGGUCUUGAAAUGUCUGGGACGUUCGAAGAACGUUGCUUGAAAUGCCGCGGCGAGUUGGGC